CGUGUGCACAGCCGCUGCUGCCGCCGCUAGGAACCUAUGUGCGCGGCCCAAUUGUGUGGGUGUGCGGUUCCGGGGGGUCCGGAGAGGCGCAGAGGUGAUGUUCAUGGUGGGUGUCAGAGAAGUUGGAGUCGAGUUUGGAACCAGAGCCUGAAGGAAAGAAGCCUUAGCAGCUACCCCCUCUCUGCUUCUACCAUCAUUGCUCAUGCUGAAAGUUAAAGGUUGGCUGAAAUUACUUACACACCAUACAUCAUGGCCACUUCAUCAGAAGAGGUUCUGCUAAUUGUGAAGAAGGUACGGCACAAAAAGCAGGAUGGGGCGCUAUACCUGAUGGCAGAGCGUGUAGCCUGGACACCAGAAGGGAAGGAUCGGUUUGUCAUUAGUCAUAUGUAUGCAGACAUCCGCUGUCAGAAGAUCAGCCCUGAAGGUAAAGCUAAAGUGCAGCUUCAGUUGAUCUUGCAUACAGGCGAUACAACGAUCUUCCAUUUCACCAAUGAGAACAGUGCUAACGCAGCAGCCAAAGACAGAGAUGCUGCUAAAGACUUGCUCCAACAGUUACUCCCAAAGUUCAAGAAAAAAGCAAACAAGGAACUAGAGGAAAAAAACAGAAUGCUCCAAGAAGACCCAGUCCUCUUUCAGCUCUAUAAAGAUUUAGUUGUGAGCCAGGUAAUCAGUGCUGAAGAAUUCUGGGCCAAUCGUCUGACUGGGAAUUCUGCAGAUAACUCUCUGUCCAAUAACAAGCAAGAUAUCGGAAUUUCUGCUGCAUUUCUGGCGGACAUCCGACCACAGACUGAUGGCUGUAAUGGUCUCCGGUAUAACCUGACUUCUGAUAUCAUUGAGUCAAUAUUCAGGACAUAUCCUGCAGUGAAACAAAAAUACAUGGAGAAUGUACCUCACUGUAUGACAGAGAAGGAAUUCUGGACAUGCUUCUUUCAGUCUCACUACUUCCACAGAGACAGGAUCAAUGCUGGUUCGAAGGAUCUCUUCUCUGAGUGUGCCCGGAUUGAUGAGAAAGGUUUGAAGACUUUGGUUAAUCAGGGAGUAAGCAACCCUUUGGUAGAUUUGACAUCGCUGGAGGACAAAUCACUGGGUGAGGGUUAUGGAUCUUCAUCUGCACAGUUGUCCUCUAAAUCCAAUAAGGAGAGCAGCAACGCUGCUAUAAUCCGUCGCUUCAAUCAUCAUAGCGCCAUGGUGCUGGCAGCCGUCCUCCGUAAGCAAGAAAUGCACAAUGAUCAGAACGGUGAGAAUAGCAGCACUGAUGGUAAUUCUCGAGAUUCUGAUUGUUUUCAGCCACCUGUCAAAAAGGUGAAGUUACAGGAAGCCAUAGAAUAUGAAGACCUGGGAGAAAUGAACUUAAAAAAGACUGUUGCACUAAAUUUGAAGAAGGCUGACAGGUAUUUUCAUGGCCCUACACCUGUUCAGUCUCAGCACUAUGCAUCCAGCCAGGAUAUUAUUAACUCAGUCCACUGUAUUCGACAGGAAAUGGCUAACUAUAGCCCCAGACUUACUCAGGUUCUGUCCAGCAGUGUGGCCAGCAGUGCAAUAACUGACCUCUCACCUGGUGGAGUGCUUAUGCAGGGAGGAACAUCACAAGCUAUAAACCAGAUGGUGCCAAGUGAUAUCCAGAUGGAACUCAAACACUUAUAUGUGGCUGUAGCUGAGUUACUGAGGCAUUUCUGGUCUUGUUUUCCUGUCAAUACACCAUUCCUUGAGGAGAAGGUUGGGAAGAUGAUGAAUAACCUGGAGAGAUUCCAGAUGACAAAACUAAGGCCAUUUCGGGAGAAACUACAGAAACUGUACAUCAGUACAAAUUUCACUGGUCAUUUAGAAGAUAUGUUACAGGGAGCCUUCAAUAAGUUCCAUGCCUGGCAAUCAAAACGAAUGCAGAAGAAGACGUGAUGAUAAUUGUAUCAAGAUGUUUGAGAUUAAGAGCUAUUGUUACCUGCAAAGUCCCAGCAGAAGUUGCUGCCUGUUCUCUAAACUGCUGUGCUGGACGGGAGCUGGGAGCCCUACAAAAUUGCAGAGACUCAAUGUAAUUUUCAGAGCUGCACACUGGGAGAAAGAAAUGCAAUAAGGUGGACCACUCAGGGUGACUCUCACCAACUGACCAAAACUGGAGGGAGCUACAGGACAAAAUACUGUGUGAGACAGCUUGGGAAGGCAGCGCUGCUUCUCUGCACAAAGAAUCUGUCAAAUGAUAACUGAGUAUAUUUAGAAACUCUUUCUAGCCUAAACAUUUUUUCAUUUUUGUGUAAAGUUUUAAACAUGAAUGGCACAAUGUAAAUGUGCAACUUUUUUCAGAACUGUAGCCCCCUGUUUUUGGAUCCUGUUUGUAACUGAGGGAGUGGAAGAUGUGGAUAUUUUAAAUAAAGAAUUAAUGUG